CCUCUUCCACGUGUGCCAAUAAAAGCCCCAGGGCGCUUAAAACACUACAGUCUGUCUGCGUCAGUGUUUACGAUCAAACCUUUGGCUCCCAUGUUGUGGGGCUUUGAACGCACGGAACAAAACGCGAAACUAUCAGCGUAGUAUCAACAUUUAAAACAACCACAGACUUCUAAAUUUUUCACACCGUAAGCAUCAAGCAACUGGCACUAAUUCUUCAAUAUUUCAACCAUCAUCAGAUAACCUUCGCCAUGAAUUUUCUCGUUGUUAUAGUGACUACGGUUUCCCUGGCAGGCGCUGCGUCAGCAGGGGAGAUUCAGAACCUAUACCAAUUUGGCAAGAUGGUCAUGUGCCUGGGAAAUCUUAACGUCCUGGAAGGGUUAGAAUACAACGGCUAUGGCUGUUAUUGUGGCCGCGGCGGGAAGGGCACACCCUUGGACGACACUGACAGGUGUUGUAAACAACACGACGAAUGUUACGAGAGAGCAACGGAUGAAAUGGGCUGCUGGAGCAUAGAAACGUAUGCCACCACUUACGACUACACAAAAUCCAAAGUUUCUGGCAAGUGUACCAUCAAAUGUAAGCUAGAAUCCGACUACUCGCGAUUCACCAUAAGAAAGAAAUGCAAAGCCUUCAUAUGUGAAUGCGACCGCAUCGGAGCGCAGUGUUUCGCCGACAAGCGGUCUACCUUCAACCGAAGUCUCAUCAGCUACACCAAGGACAAGUGUUAGUUGAUUUGCACGCAUUCUUGAAGUCUUGAAACUUUCAUUUGGAUUACCACAGUUUCAAGACUUUUGAACGUAGUAACAAUUUUACAGACGCAAGGGUAUAGAGAGAACACGCAAUGAUAUCAAGAAAAAUAUGUCUCGGUAAUUCUACGUUUAAUUCUGUUUUCUCAAGAAACUGAAGCUCAAGCGAAUUUUUUUUUUGAACGUUGGUGCAUCUCGUGGGUUCGAAAAACAUUUGAAACCAAUUUUUAAAAAAAGAUGCAGCCAUCGGGCUUGCAUCUAACAUAUCAAACAUUGUAAUGACGUUUUCUGCUUUAAGGUGAGCCAGGAAUAUUUGGGAAAGGAAAAACUGAAGUGAUCCGGAAGUGACGUGCCCCUUUCCGUAUGGGUUUCAUAUCUAUUCGGAAAAAAAAUAAAAGCCAGGCCACUCAUACACAAGGAUGAUAAUGAAUUACAUAGGUCUGAUCAAGAGCUGUUCAAAUAAGACGUGAAUGUAACGUAAGAAUAAAAUAGAGUUAUAUUGCGCAACAAAGUAUCGAGUAUUACAUUUUGUUAAUGUGCCGGAAGCAGUGGUUGGUCGGUUAAAUUAAUAUGGCAAAUCAAGUUUCUUGUGCACAUUUCGUAGGAGCAGCCACUGAACAGGUCCAUGGAUGUUCAAACAAAAGUAAUCGCCCGUGGUGUUUUAUAUGCUCAUUAUUCUGUUUCAUGAUAUGGACAAAUUUGACAUCGGCCCUUUGCCUACGGCUAAUGUCCACAUAAUUCCCUUUUAGGUAUAUGACACAUACUUUUUCAUGAUGAAGUUUCACAAGGUGAUGCAGAUGACCCAUUUGAACAAGGCUGUUUGUCACAUUUAGAUCAAUGAUUUAUCGUUUUCAGUCUAUAACCAAGACGAGUACUUUUUAAAAUGACCUCGACAGUUUGCUUGUCGGUGCAGAUGCCUUAUUGGGUACCUUAGUUUCCUUAUUAAUGACAGCCCUCCUGCCACUUUGACACCAGCACAAUGCAAACCAUUGGUAAAAUCAGAGCAUCAGACAUUGUAGUUUAUUACAUAUAGGGGCCCCGUGCACCCCCCCCCCAACUUAACGACAUCAAUAUUCUUAGGUGCAUUUUAAGGUCCUGUAACACCUUUUAGAUGUUAACAUUGGAAAAAGACCGAUACUCUUAGGAUAUCCAAGAUGGCUGCGGAAAUGGCCACCAAACAUGGUUCAAAAUGGGAAAGGCAUUAUAUCAGACAAGUUAUACCCUAAAUCACAAAUAAAAUUUUUAUUUACAUGUUCUGUGCUCUCAAAAACUGAUUUUUGGUGAUUUUCGUUUGCCAAUAUGCUUCACAUUCAAGAUAGGGGCUGUAAGGAUCACCAAUAUAGACGCCAAUGAUAAAUCCAUAAAUUUCAGCCAUAAUUGUGGUAAGUUAUCCAUUUUACACACAUUAAAGAAUUUGGUGCAUGUUUUCAAUCCUUA